UCCCCAGUGGGUAACAAUCAGCUGCGCUACACUGUGGCAAGUAAAUAAGAAGUAACAAGUGGAGCGAUCAAAAGUAAUACCGGGAACUUUAUUGUAACAGUAUUCAGUCCAGUACGUUAUAGCAUCAACGUUUCUUUUUGCUUUUUACCAGGCAGCCGGUUUCUCCAUUUCGAGCAGGACGGGUCAGAAGUUCGCUUUGUAUCCCAGCUCAUACUGGCUCUUUCUCGACAUCUUGUGUGUGUAUAUAUAUAAGAACACCUGCAUCUCUGCCGUGCGCUUCGUCUCCGGCGUAAAAGCCAAGGCUAUCUGACAGUCGCAAGUAGACAGAAGGGCAGUCGUCGAUGGACUUUUUUUGAGCUUUCGCCUCACUCCUUCCCUGCUCGGUUCGCGGAAGAGGUGGAGAUGAGUGACGCUUGGCCGAAGGACGAGCUCAGCAGUCCAGCAGGGAGCACGCGAAAGGCAUGCGACCCCCCACAGGUGACUCUGCGCAGUCGGCUGCAGCACCAGAGGGCUCGCAUCCACCAGCAAAUCAACAAGGAGAUGCUGAUGCGUGCCGGAGCAGAGAACCUAUUCAGGGCCACCACCAACCACAAGGUGAGGGAGACUGUGGCCCUUGAGCUGAGCAUCGUCAACUCCAAUCUGCAGCUGCUCAAAGAGGAGCUGGAAGAGCUCAACAGCAAUGUGGGAGUCUACCAGACUGAGAGCGAGGCAGUCAACGUUCCCAUGAUCCCUCUGGGCCUGAAGGAGACAAAGGAAGUGGACUUCUCACUUCCUUUGAAGGAUUUCAUCUGCCGGCACUAUGGUGAGGCAGCUUCGCAGUACGAGGCAGAGAUUAAGGAGCUUAAUGAGCUUCGGCAGGCCAUGCGUACCCCCAGCCGGAAUGAGGCAGGUCUGGAGCUGUUGAUAGAGUACUACAACCAGCUCUACUUCCUGGAACAGCGCUUUUUUCACCCCGGAAAUAUGCUGGCUGUUCAGUUCCACUGGUACGACUCCCUGACGGGUGUGCCAUCCAGCCAGCGGGCCCUGGCCUUCGAGAAGGGCAGCGUGCUGUUCAAUGUGGGGGCACUCUACACCCAGAUCGGCACUCGACAGAACCGCAGCAGCGCCCAGGGCAUCGGCAAUGCCAUCGAUGCCUUUCAGUGUGCUGCCGGUGCAUUCAGUUACCUGAAGGAAAACUUCUCCAAUGCUCCCAGUCUGGAUAUGAGUGGCGCCUCGCUGGAAAUGCUGGUACGGCUGAUGUUGGCACAGGUGCAGGAGUGUGUCUUCGAGCGGGUGCUGCUACUCGUGCUGGAGGACAGCGAUUUCUCCUCCCUCCUGCAGGUGGCGCAGGAGGCCGCACGGGUGUCCGACAUGUACUGGCUGGCUCUCCAGACCAUGCAGCAGGCCCCGGUGAAGGACUAUGUUCCUUUCUCCUGGGUGACACUGGCACAGGUCAAGAAUGAGCACUUCCGCGCACUUUCUCACUACUACGCUGGCCUGGCCCUGUGCAACCAUGCCCAGUCCAGUGAAUGGGAUGACGGCCUGGGGGAGCGGAUGCUGCACCAGCUUCACAGCAGCAAGCUGACAGGACCCCCCCCGGGCAUAAUGCUGAAGGACCCUGAGGAGAGGCGAAGGCUGGGUAAAGCACACUUACGGCGGGCGGUGAUCCGCCAUGAGGAGGCUAUGCGCAUCCACGGCCUCUGCAGGGUCUUGCGCAAGAUGGACAUCCUGCAGGAGGUGCUGGCAUCCGUGCACAAGCGCUCGCUCAGCGCCUAUUCGCAGAUCGACCGUGAGGACGACUUCUGCCAGACGGCCGAGGCCCCCAACAUCCAGCCCAAGACUCAACAUAAGCCAGAUGUGAAGACCCCUGACUUCUCAAAAGUGCGGGUGACAGAUAUCUUUCAACAACUGGGACCACUGUCCGUGUUUUCAGCCCGGAACCAGUGGCGCCCACAAAGGCGCAUUAGGCUGGUACGAGCCAACAGCGGUCUGGGCCUAACACUGCGGGGAGACUCACCUGUGCUUGUGGCUGGGGUGGUACCAGGGGGCAGUGCCUCGGAGGCGGGGCUCUGCGAGGGUGAUUACAUCGUAGCGGUGAACGGGACAGACUGUAAGUGGGCGAAGCACGUGGAGGUGGUGCAGGCGCUAAAGGCAUGCAGCGACGGGGGAGUGGAGCUCGGCAUUGUCACAAUGCUGUCACCCAAGACGCUAGGACAGCGGUCUGUCUUUCUCACUCCAUGUGGCAUCAAUGAGAGCGCUGUUCACCCGCGGAAUCCAAACCCCAGCAAGGGGGCCAGCCCCACCUCCCUCCUCACCUGGACCCGAAAGAAAGGUGGGGCAGGGGGCGGGGUUUCCAAGAGACUAAGCUCCGCCUUCAGUCUGUCCUUUGGAGCCCCACGGGACGCGGAGGCCUUGUGACCACUGAUACAGGCCAAUGAGAGAGAAACCGAGAGCGCAUGUUGGGGAAGAGCAAUAAACGGUGCUCAGGAAGUGAUCAAGCACUGGCAGGAGUCAGACAGAAGCUGUCAGGAGACUCCCCAGGAAGAGGGAGAGUCACAGCGCUGUGAGAUUUGAUCUUGAGCCUUCAGCAGGGAACUAAGGGCGCUUUUCCACCACACAAAGUACGGUACUUUCGGUACUUUCACUUUUUCAUUGACUUCCGGUCGAGUACCAGUACUGAAAGUUCCAGUACUGAAAGUGCCAAACCAGCUGGGGUUACGUCUUUGGUACUUUGGGGUGGGACUUGCAAACGUAUUUGCUGCCGAUUGGUUAUGCAAAUAGCCUGCCGCUGAAACACAAGACACAACCGGCAUCUUUUGAAACACACAGCGAACAGCGAGAAACAAAAUAAAAAGCAACAGAAACAUCCAUCCAUCCAUUUUCCAAACCGCUUAUCCUACUGGGUCGCGGGGGGUCCGGAGCCUAUCCCGGAAGCUAUGGGCACGAGGCAGGGAACAACCCAGGAUGGGGGGCCAGCCCAUCGCAGGGCACUCACACACCAUUCACUCACACAUGCACUCCUACGGGCAAUUUAGCAACUCCAAUUAGCUUUAGCAUGUUUUUGGACUGUGGGGGAAACCGGCGUACCCGGAGGAAACCUCACGACGACAUGGGGAGAACAUGCAAACUCCACACACAUGUGACCCAGGCGGAGACUCAAACCUGGAUCCCAGAGGUGUGAGGCAACAGUGCUAACCACUGCACCACCAGGCCGUCCGCAACAGAAACAAAAAUAUAAAAAAUGUAACAUGUGAGGAUGGACAUACGAGGAAACACAGGCUUUCAUCGCCAUAUGGUUGGACGAACAGAUCCAGCGGGAUUUGGAUGGCUCGACUCGAAAUAAAAAAGUAUUUGCCGUAAUAGCUAGCUGUCACGAUAGCCUGAACAGAGAGACCGGGAUCCAGGUAUGCAAGCCGCUGAGUGCUUUAUUUGGAUAAACCAAACAGAGGCACCGAAAGGGACGGGCAAGAGGUAAGGUCGAAAUACAGGCAGGGAGGUCGUAAGCCGGGGAGUCAGUCCUACAGGGAAACACGAGACAAGAUCACACGGGGUAGCGGGAACGAGACGAGCCGGAGCAGGCAGGGUAGACGGGUCUGGAACGGGGGAGAGAGAGGUAAGGAGAGGACACGAGGCAAACAGGCAGAGUUAGGUUUCAGGGAGAGACGAUCGACAAGAAAGUGCUCGGUAUGGCUUCUAAACAUCAGCGCAAUACUUCGCAAUGGGCAAGUGUCUUCUGGCUGGUUUUAUCCCUAGACUCAUUAUGCGUAACGAGCCGCAGCCGGUGGUAUCCGCCUGCGUGGGCGUGACACAAGCCACUUGGAAGAAAUGGGGCACACGCGAAACACCGAACAAUGUCGCUUGAAAAUAAAAAAACUUAAGGAGGACUACAGGAAAGUGAAGGAUCAUAAUAAGAGGAGUGGCGCCGACAGGAAAACCAACACAUGGUUUGAGGCACUGGACGCCGUCAGUCAGGGUUGGUCACUGAUGAUGUCAUUUGGUGCCGGUACCGGUUUUUACGCUGUUGGAAAACCAACACAAUAGAAGUACCAUACUUUUGGUACUUUUAUGGAAGUACCGAAAGUACAGUACCUGAUGCGGUGGAAACGCGCCCUAAGCAGACCUCGGAGACCCGAGUGCUGAUGAAAUGGACAUCCCGGAAGGAAUUUUCUUGAACACGUGACUGUGUGAGACAGUGGCUUUGGGCAAGGCCAAUUAAGGACUCCCAGAAGUGGCCCAUGGGCAGGGAUUUUUCUGCAGGAGGAAGAAGGCAGGGGUAGCACUCAGCCUUGGACAGGAAGAUCAUUAUCAAUGCUGCUGAACAGGGGAGUCUGAACACACGUCUCUCCAAGGUGUGAACUGGCUUUACUUGGAUAAGACUGUCUGCUUUGACUGAAACCUUGCCUGUGAAUGAAACUUGGGAUCUUGGAAAUUUGUUCUGCUAAAUAAUGAGUGAAUACAUUCAACUAAUAUAUGUAACAAGGCAGCUCUAAGGGAACCACCCCCCCCCCCCCCCCCCGCAAUCUGAAAACAUGCGUUUAGAAGUAGACCUGAAUUGAAAAGCUGAAAUGUCACUUACAGUUUUCCAACAUGCACUACAAUCUUUUGUGUCUGGUAAGGGGAUUUGGUUUAUUUCUGAUACAAAUUAGCCUCUGGUCCCAAAUCUGGUGGAGCUGUUUGUGGACCUUAUGACCUAUCUAUGAGAGAGCUGAUUUGCUGCCAUCCGUAAGCAUUCCUGUGGAGAACUGGUGUCACAUGACAAACAACUCAUGCUGUGGUAAAAAAGUGAGCUUAGUGUCACUGAUAUCUUAACUUAAUAUGAUUCCUUUGUUAUCUACUGCACGUUUUGUUCAUUUAUCUCUUUGUUUCAUGUAUAAACACUGUAGGGGAUCUAACUUCACCUCAUCUGUCUUUGUUCCUGACACUUAGUUUGUUUAAAACUACAUGGAAAUAGUCUUUACUGGUGCCAUCACAGUCGUUCAAAUCACAAUUAA